AUGUGCUCGCCUCUUUCCCUUGUUGAUGAUUUAAAAGUCCAACCUGCACGUCAACAAUCCCGGCAUUGUGAGGAAUAUUUUCUCAGCCAAACAGGGCGCCCACCAAAAAUUGUGGUGGUGAACUGUGAUAACAGCUUCAUCUUUUACGAAAAGUUGAAACUUGGUGAAGUAGCAGAGAUAUCACCAGGAGGUCUCUUAAAGAAUGCAAACGAAACAAGUCGGGGCAUGGGUUCUGUUUUCUAUUCUCUUCCCCUAAGCUUCAAGAAUUCGUCAAACGGUGAUGCUUUCUCUUUCUCCACCAUGUUUGUAUUUAGCAUAGUUCCUGAAUAUCGAAACCCGAAUCGUGGACUUGGAAUGGGGUUUGCUGUUGCACCCGCGAAGCAAGUCUCUGGAGUCUUAUCAUCCGAACAGUUUGGCUUAAUCAAUAUGACACAAGAUGGAGACCCAAAUAAUCAUGCCUUCUCCAUUGAGUUUGAUACAAAUCAAGACUUGGAAGUUGGGGAUAUCGAUGCCAACCAUGUUGGUCUCAAUCUUAACAGCAUAAGAUCAACUAACUCAACUUCUGCAGAGGUUGCUUGUGGAAGGAGGCCAAUCCAGUCAAGGUCACCACCUGAAGAGGUAAUUCUAGUGGACUGGGUUAUGGAAUGUUGGAGAUCAGGAGAAAUUUUGAAGACCGCAGAUCCCAAAUUAAACAAUGAUUUUGAGGUGGAGGAAAUGGAGCUGGUCUUAAAGGUUGGAUUACUUUGUUCACAUCCUCUGCCAGCAAUUAGGCCAAGCAUAUCUCAAGUUUUGAUGUAUUUAAAGAGUCAUGCUUCAAUGCCUGAAAAUUUGGAUGCUCUUCUUUCGACACUGGAGUCUUGGCAAGGGCUUAAUGAUACCAUGUUAAACCAUUGUGUUUCUGAAACUAAAAGUUCUAGACCCCUGCUUACAACUACUAAAUUGUUUACCGGCCGCUGAUUGUAUGAACAAAAAUCAAAUAAGCUAUAUUUUACAGAUUAUAUAUACAUUGUAUGCUGAU